AUGAGCUCUUCACAAGUGGUCUCCAAUUCUUCUGCAACUCCGAAAAGCAAACUAAAACAGAACCCACCUCUUCCGUCUGAAGAAAUCCAUCUACCUGGACCUCAUCCGGCACGUGGAAUCUACGGAUUUGCCUUGUAUAUUGUAUCUUGGUGUCUUCUUGUUAUUUACUUGAUUUGGGCAAUCACUCCCGUUCCAAUCUUGUACAGAUUAGGCAUCACAUAUAUUCCAUCGAAGCUUUGGGCUCUUUUCAUCGGGAUUUUCUUCCCAUCCGCCGCUUGCCUUUACGUCACGACGAUCUUUCUUGUCAAUUGCUGGAAUUUCCGUGGAUACGCCAUCUUUGACAACGUUCAAGAAGUGAAAAACGAUUUUGGAGAGAGAUCGAAAUCAAAUUCUAUUGACAGUAUUAACGAGAAGCCAGAAAAGAAAUCGAUUGAAGUCAGUUCAAGAAAAGCAAAGAAAUGCUAA